AUGGCCGGGGGUGGCUAUGGCGCAGAGGACCCUGCCGCCGGAGCGCCAGUUCCGCGCUUCGACGCGGUGCCGGAGCUGUCGGCGACCGGGCGGGAGGCGAUGGUGAAAGGCUUCGGCUACGAGCAGAUGACGGAGGUGCAGCACAAGAGCUUCGUCCCCGUGUUGGAAGGCCACGAGCUCCUUGCGCGAGCGAAGACGGGCAGCGGCAAGACGCUGAGCUUCUUGCUGCCGGCGGUCGAGAGGAUGCAGAAGAAGACUGACGUGCAAAGGCAACCAGGCACGGUGGCCAUGCUGGUGCUGACCCCUGUGAGGGAGCUCUCCAUGCAGGUGGCCGGAGAGGCCGAGAAGCUGCUGCGGUUCUACGCCGGCCUUCGCAUGGUCUGCAUGACCGGCGGCGUUCCGUGGGAAGAGGACCUUCAGAGUCUGGACGCAGGCGAGGGCGGUGUGCUGCUGGUGGCCACGCCAGGUGGCGAAGACCGAGGGCUUCGCUAA